AAAGAAGUUUAAUUCAAAUGAAUUGAAGAUUAUCGUUUUCAGAUUUUUUUCCCCUUCAUUUUCACAUUUUUUAAAGACUUGUAAUUUGACUGUAAUGAUUAAUCAAAUGUGAAUGCUCUAAAUAUUUAGAAAUUCAAUUUGAAAAGCAUAUUGUCUAUAGCGAGAAUUAAUGAAAGGACUGGCUCUGGGAUGCUUUUUUGGGGUUUUAUCUUCUCGUCGGCUGCUGCCAUCUGCUACGGAAUAGCGAUUUCAAAUGCCGAUAAAUCCGAAAAGCCAUCUAAACCGCACAUCAUCUUCAUCUUAGCUGAUGAUCUCGGCUGGAACGACGUUAGUUUCCACGGAUCUCCUCAAAUUCCGACUCCUAAUCUGGAUGCGCUGGCGUCCUCGGGGAUCAUCCUUCACAAUUACUACGCAGAGCGACUCUGCACGCCUUCCAGGGCCGCUCUGCUCACGGGGAAGUAUCCCAUUCGUUUAGGAUUGCAGCAUCUUGUUAUAAGAGCCAAUGAGAAGUCAGCUCUGCCUUUAGAAGAGAAAUUAUUGCCGCAAUAUCUUAAAGAUUUGGGAUAUGCAACUCACAUGGUAGGAAAGUGGCACUUAGGUUGUUACAAGAAAGAAUAUACCCCCAGUUACAGAGGAUUUGAUAGUUUCUUCGGGUAUUAUACUGGUUUAAUAGAUUAUUACGACUACACGCAACUUGCCUCGUCUCAUGUAUCAUUUCCUAAGUAUUUUUAUGGCAUUGACUUGCAUGACGAGAAAGGCGAAGUGAAAGACGUUCGAGGCCAAUACGCCACAGAUUUGUUUACAAACAAAGCAAAAGACAUUAUUCAUAAUCACAAUGAGUCGCAGCCACUUUUCCUGUAUCUUGCCCACCUGGCAGUACACGCAGGAAAUCAAUACAUGCCUCUGCAAGCUCCUCCCCAUCUAGUGAAUCAGUUUGGUCAUAUCACAGAUGACUCUAGAAAAGUUUUUGCCGGCAUGGUCUCAGGGUUAGACAGAUCAGUCGGAGAUGUGUUCCAGGCCCUUCAUGACAAAGACAUGCUCUCCAACAGCAUUUUUAUUUUUUCUUCUGACAAUGGUGGAGAAUCAAACGCAGCGGUUGGUGGUUACAGUUCCAAUUAUCCACUACGUGGCAAAAAAUAUCAUCUAUGGGAAGGUGGAGUCAGAGUCAAUGGGUUCAUCUGGAGUCCACUACUUAAACUUAAAGAACCUCGAGUCUCCAUGCAGCUGAUGCAUAUUUCGGAUUGGCUACCUACACUCUAUUCUGCUGCUGGAGGUGACGUAGAACUUUUAGGUGAAAUCGACGGAAAAAGCUUGUGGGAAGCUUUUCUACACAAUUCUCCAUCACCACGUCAGGAGAUACUUCACAACAUCGACCCCAUCGAGAAUGUAGCCGCUCUCAGAUCAGGGAACUUCAAACUCAUCACCGGCAAUUUAGUGUCGGGACUGGAAUCCUGGAGUGGCCAUCAAACACUUGAAGGCACGAGGCAUCCAGAAUCCAUGGACGAGUGGGUUUACAAGAGUGGAAGUAAAACCAGGGAUAUCUUAAUCCAGAUGGGAUCUUACUUGCCAAAUGUCUCAGACACAUGGAGAGACCAAGCUAAAGUUCGAUGCGGAGAAUGUCAAGAAAUUGGCAAAGUUUGCAAUCCGACUGAAAUACCUUGUCUUUUCAACAUUAUUGAGGAUCCAUGUGAAACAACAAAUAUUGCUGAUUUGCAUCCUGAAAUUGUGGAAUCGAUGCUCAUUACUCUAAGAGAUUACGAGAAGCAAGCUGUAAAACCACAAUUUAAAGAUCCAGAUCCACAUGGAGAUCCAAGGUGCCAUGGAUUCGCAUACGUACCUUGGAUGGAUGCAGAACAUGUUUCAGAUUGCCCAUUUCGAUGACGUUAUCAAAACUAUAGCAUUAAAAUUUUUCUUGUAAAAACACAGAAAAACUUUUAUUCCAAAGUAAAGAAUUAGAGUUGGAUUGUUUAUUUACAAGUGUUCUGGAGAUAGAUUGUUUUCGAGUUUUAAAGUGAUUAUAAAAUAGUAGAAAACGGAAAUUUUAAAGAUUUAUUCGAACAGUACAAAAAAAUCUAUUGAAUGUAAAUGAAAACGAAUUAUUUUUUACCGAAUCUUUGUUAAAUUUUCUUGUAACUACUGGGAUGUAUUAUUUUUUCAGGUAAGAGUCAAUUUAAAGUCACAUUUUAGGCUUCCUAAGUUAAGAUUCAAAUUCCAAAUCUAUUGAAUAUCCAAUUGAAGGAGAAAAAAAGGAUGUACUGUUACAUGUUACGUUAUACACACAGACACAUUGUCACGUGAUUAAGGCGGAAAUGAUUCUCAUUUCAAGCAAAUCUUAAUUUUAUCAACUCGCUUUCGAUCGGUAGUUCAAACUCCGCUGCCAAAUACUUGAUUUAGUUACAGUUAAAGUUCAAAUAUAUAUUAUUUAUUCUGUAUGAAAUCAAACAUUGAUCGAAAAUAUUAUAUAUAGUAAAACAUUUAAGAAAAUCACUAAUUAAAAUACAGAGAAAUAUGUUUUGGAAGGAAUAGACAAAAAAAAAUCCACACUUGUUUAUAGAGAGAUCUCAUAAAAUAUGUAAGAACAAAUUGAUGAAAAAUUUGAAAAGGCCGUGCAAGGAAAGCUAGACUAAACCAAAAUUUUCCUAUUUAAUAAUGAUACUAUAAAACACACUAGAAUAAAUUACAGUAGAGCAUUUGAAAUGAAUUACGGCUGUUGAGACAUUGUUUAUUAUGGCUACUAUUUCAUUUGGUCUCAAGAACUAUGAUUGAAUGACAUAAAAAAAUAAGAAAAAUAUAUGAUUAAUCAGAUUCUAGAUGGCCCAAAUAAAUACAUGGAAUGCUGGAAUUCAGAUUAAGGUCUUUUUCACAUGAUUUUACUAAGAUAAAUAUGUAUUUAUACUUGAGUCAAAUUAACAUUCAUCCUAUAUUGGAAAAUCUUGCUAAAUGUAAAAAUAAUCAGAUUUUUUUCCUAUGAUGAUUCAGAUUUAACUUAAUCGAAAAUCUAUGAAUCUGAUAGAGGAAACUUAUCAGCAGAUAAAUAAAAAUCAAAUCAAGUUAUUCUAACUUCAAAUUCAAUCCCUUUUUAAAUGUCGAACAAAAACGCAUUAUCACAUAGGAAAUAUCAAAUCGAAGGAAGCUGUAAUGAAUUCUACGGUUUUUCAACCAAGCAU